AAAUUAAGACAGCAUAUAAACAUCAAUUUCUAUGUCUACAAUAGUUGUUAUUACACUGAAUUUGACGAAUAAAUGUUAGUAAUCAUACACUGACAUCCAUUAACCAUUAUUUUACCUUUGAAAAUAUAGUAACUGAUUUCGCCUCUAAAUCUACUAAAAUGAAGCAAAAGGUGGUUUUGGUACUUGGCAACGUAACGUAUGCUAUAUUUUGGCUAUCAGGAAAGGCAUUGCUAUUAUUGCUUCAAGCAAUCAAAUACCUCAUGCAUCAAUUUUGUGUAUAUCAAGUCUCCAAAGGUGGCUAUUUCUCCAAUGUCCUUUGGAUAUUUGUUUAGGGGAAUUUGUAAUUUUAUCAUCGCACACUAUUUAUAUUGGAAUUCUCUCCUGUUUCAAUGGCUUAGGGGAAGGUUUUACUUGUAUUACCCGUGAUGCCGCCCUAUAUCAGGAGUAUGCACAUACAUUGAGGAGUGUAUUCAAAUAACUCGUGAGCUUGUAUGUUGGCCAGAACUAUGAUACGGUAC